ACCAUUUUCAUACUUGACUCUCAAAUGGGUACAAAUGAAAAGGAAAAAGCCAAAGAGAUAUGCAACAAGUUUCGACAUUUUUUCAAAAUGAGACCUCAUACAGAUAAAGAGACAGACUGGGCGAAUAAGAACUGGACACCUGGCACAAUCACACAUCCAUUUCAGGAGGAUAGUUCCAGCUGUGGUGUCUUUGUGAUGCUGAUGGCCAAACAGGUGGUGGAAGAGUUCCCCAAAAUUCCUAACAUCAUUAAUAUAACACCCAGCACGGAGAUGAUGAGCCACUACAGGAAAAGUGUAGCCAAAGAGAUUUUGAUGGCAUCAGUGUCAAGACAGGAAUACUGCUGUGUGUGUGGAAAAUCAGAAAAAGACCAAACAGAGGAGCAAAGCACCUGGAUUCAAUAGGCCCUUUCGCACCGCAGGAACCUUUUCAUAGUACCCGAACUAAUUGUGGAACUACCCACUUUUUGGCGUGUUCGCACCGCGGGAUCUAGGAACUGUUUUAGUUCCCGGAACUCCGUUUGGAGGAACUAUUUAGCUCCUACUUCAGAGUAGGGUCUAAAACAGUUCCAUAGGAACUAUCGUGACGUAAGUGUACGCUGAUUGACUAAACGCGUACGAAAACGCCCUCACCCGCCAUGAUUUAAAACGCUGUGUAAACACAUACUGUGUAAACAUCGCAUCAACUUAUAUUUCGCAAGAAUGGAGAACAGCGAUAGAUGGACGGACGCUGAAGUGCAGGCACUUUUGAACAUUUUGAACUCCUUUCCAAUCUUUCAGUCGCUUGACGUAUAAGUUACGUCGACAUUCCAUGUCCAUUAUUGUGAACCCCGCAAGACACAACAAAAACACAGCUCCGAUCACAGCGUCCUCCAUCCUCCUGUUGUUAACGUUGUUUUUCUUUGUUUUCGUUGUUGAACGCCGCACACAAAUGACGUCGCUGUCGACCGGCUUACGUCACUUCUUAGUACCCACUGUCGUUGCGAAUGCAACCCUUUAAUUAGUACUGGGAAAUAGUUCGCGCAAAAUCGUCCCAGUACUUUAGUACGUACUUUUAGUUCUGGAACUAAAGCGGUGCGAAAGCGGCUAUUGUGAAUCAUGCCCGAGGUGGUUUCAUGUUCGGUGCCUCAACAUUAAUGUGCCACCAGAAGAACAAGCAUGGAUAUGUGAUUUGUGUUGGUAAGCUAUGCAGUUUGGAGCUUAUGCUGAAAGUGUGUUAAAACAGUAAGAAUAUGUCUUGCCUAUUUGAGAUGUUAUGGAAUUAGUUUUGUAGUGUUUAGUUUAUGUUUGAUAUUCGUGUAUUGGUGUAUGCAAAUUUCCAAUGUGCUUAUAUUUUGUUCUUUUUCAUAUUCAUUAAUACAACAUAUUUCUUAUUAGUUUAGCCAGUACAGUAGAAUCAUUACAAGUAAUUUUUUUCUUUAUGCACUUCUUUUUUGCAUUGUAUUCAUAUUACUGUUUUACAUUAUUCAUAUACUUAGUUACUCAAGGAUUAUUCAUCGAUAUUAUUUAUAUUGUUCAUUUCACAUAUAAAAAGUAUAUUUUCCUAUGCUAAAGUGAUGUCUGAACAGGAUGUUGUAAAUGUAAUGUGCUAUUUUUUAUAUGCAAGGAUGUACUAAGCGGUCUAUUUUAAGAGCUGUUAUUUGUUGCUAAUUGAUAUUUGAAGAUUACAAGGUCUGCUUAUUUUAGUCAAAGGAUGACAAACCACAGUCACAUUUGAGCUGCAUUUUGAACUAAUCUUAUCUAUAUCACCUUAUUGUCAUGUCAUGCUUGUCCCAGCUCUGACUUUAGCUGGGGGGGUUAGCUGAUUUGUGUACCAAUCAGACACAAAUUUUGUGGUGUAGUAAAAAGAUGUAUAAGUCUGUA